AUGGCCUUGGAUUUGCUCAGAAAGAUGGAAGAAAGAAAGAUCAAGCUCGAUGCAGCCAAAUACAAUAUUAUCAUUGAUGGUCUUUGCAAAGACGGGAAGCUCGACGAUGCAAUCAACCUUUUCAAUGAAAUGGAAAUGAAAGGGAUCAAAGCAAAUGUUAUCACCUACAACACUCUCAUCGGAGGGCUUUGUAAAGACGGUAGAUGGAAUGAUGGCGCAGAGUUGCUUAGGGAUAUGAUCAAAGGAAAUCAUCCCCAACGUCAUCACUUUCAAUGCGUUGAUUGA